GCGGCUGCCAGAGCCGGCCAGUGUGCGACGCAUUGCCGACCAUGGCGGCCGCCUCAGCCACGUCCACGCCGGCCGGCGCGGCCGCGCACCAGCCGCCCUUCACCGAGGAGCAGCUCAUCGCGCAGGUGUACCAGCACAACAUCCUCUACGACAAGACGUCGUUCCACUACAAGGACCCGCGGAUGCGCAUGGAGGCGUGGGAGGAGAUCGGGCGCGCUCUCAAAGUGCCAGGUUCGGAGUGCCUCAAAGCGUGGCGCAAGCUACGAAACUGCUACAUGAACGCCAUCAAGCGGCGGAGGUUCAGCAGCAAGGCCACACACGCCAACAAGAAGUACACCAAGUGGAAGUUCGAGGACGAGAUGUCCUUCCUGCUGCCCUACAUGCUCAGUGGCAGGGCGAUGUCUCACGAGCACAGCAACGAGGAAGAGGAGGAGGACAACGAGGACGGCGACCCGAGCGGCGAGCUGGUGGAGGCGGAGACGGCGCCGACGCUCAAGGCGGAGGAGCCGGCCCCGUCACCCGGCCAGCUGCACGCCCCCGCUUACGGCGCGGGCCGGCGCGCGGAGUUCACCGGCGCCCAGGAGUUCGUCAGCGUCGUCAUGGCCAACGGCCGCGCCGGCAGCCAUUCCUACGACGACGACGACGAGCCGGACCGCGACGAAGACGACGACGAGAGCCCGCGGGCGCGCAGACGCCCCCGCAAGCGGCCCAGGGCGCGCAGCCCCUGCCCCGCGCCCUCUGCCGCCUCUGGCCCGGAGGCCAUGGACGACACCGAGAUGUUCUUCCUGAGCAUGGCCAAGACCGUCAAGAAGCUGCCGCGCGUCGAGCGCGUACGCAUCCGCAUGGACCUCUGCCGCAUGGUCUCCGAGGCCGAGCUGCGCAACCUCACCAACGGCUACCGCCGCAAGUGACCGUGUACUUCAGUGAUAUAAACUUAUGCUUUCCUCGUUUUAAUCAUUCCUUCCAUCAGCUGUUAGUGUGAAGCCCGAGUAUUUAUGAAGUAUUCACACUGUGAUCUUCCUACAAACGCAUAUUGCAUUUUUUGUAUAAUCCACUCCUUACAAUUCUCAACAAUUCUGUAAAUUUAACUUCUGUUUUCUUCAUUCUAGACAACAAUAACUUUUUCUUCGGCGAACAGUCCUCUCUCUCUCUCUCUCUCUCUCUCUCUCUCUCACGUGUGUGUGUG